AUGAUUCCAACUAUUAAUAGAAAUUAUGAAAAAGUUGCAUUGGUAACUGGAUGUUCAUCAGGCAUUGGACAUGCUUUGGUCGAGUCGCUGUCAAAGUAUCCUAAUAUCAAAGUUUAUGCUUCCGCAAGAAAUGUUUCAUCCAUUAGUAAAUUGAAAUCAGAAAAUGUUGAUAUUGUUCAGUUAGAUGUUUGUGAUAAUAAUUCUAUAAAGGAAGCAAUCGAUACAAUUUUACAAAAAGAAGAGAAAAUUGAUAUCCUUAUAAAUAAUGCUGGUAUCAAUAUUUAUGGACCGGUUAUUGAUCUCACUGAUGAAGACAAUCGAAGAAUGAUGGAUACCAAUUUCUUUGGUGUAGUUAACGUUGUAAGAGAGGUAGCCAAACAUAUGAUUCCAAGGAAAUCGGGUUUGAUUGCCAAUAUCGGUAGCCCAGGCGGUUGGAUUUCAAAUCCUUACGUCGGAAUGUAUUGUGCAAGCAAGGCUGCCAUUCACUUUUGGACCGAUGCUCUUCGAAUGGAGUUGGCGCCAUUCGACAUCAAGGUAUCGCUUGUGGUACCAGGUGCAAUCCAAUCGGAUAUUGCAAUGAAAGCACAACCCUCGUUACAAGAACUGCUGAAGAGAACACUCUAUCAACCAAUCAAAGACUAUAUCAUCAUGAGAGCAGGUACCUCUCAGCAACACGAUAUGACGGCACUCCAAUUCUCAGACUAUGCCAUCGCUCAACUCCUAAAACCAAGUGUUCCAAUCACUUUUUCCUACGGUCCACUAACCACACUCUUUAAAAUCUAUUCAAUACUACCUAAAUUCAUAACAGACUAUAUGUUUUCAAAGAGAUUAGGAUUAUUAAAACUUAGAGAAUUACUAAGUAGUGGAAAUACUAAUGCUCAUUUAUUUAAAAAAGAACAAUAA